GCAGCGGAGCCGGCGAGGGAGCCGGCAGCGGAGCCGGCGAGGGAGCCGGCGAGGGAGCCGGCAGCGGAGCCGGCGAGGGAGCCGGCGAGGGAGCCGGCGGCGGAGCCGGCGAGGGAGCCGGCGGCGGCGCCGGCGAGGGAGCCGGCGGCGGAGCCGGCGGCGGAGCCGGCGAGGGAGCCGGCGAGGGAGCCGGCGGCGGAGCCGGCGAGGGAGCCGGCGAGGGAGCCGGCGGCGGAGCCGGCGAGGGAGCCGGCGAGGGAGCCGGCGGCGGAGCCGGCGAGGGAGCCGGCGGCGGAGCCGGCGAGGGAGCCGGCGGGGGAGCCGGCGAGGGAGCCGGCGGGGGAGCCGGCGAGGGAGCCGGCGAGGGAGCCGGCAGCGGCAGCGGAGCCGGCAGCGGCAGCGGAGCCGGCGAGGGAGCCGGCGAGGGAGCCGGCAGCGGCACCGGCGAGGGAGCCGGCAGCGGAGCCGGCGAGGGAGCCGGCAGCGGAGCCGGCGAGGGAGCCGGCGAGGGAGCCGGCAGCGGAGCCGGCGAGGGAGCCGGCAGCGGAGCCGGCGAGGGAGCCGGCGAGGGAGCCGGCAGCGGAGCCGGCGAGGGAGCCGGCGAGGGAGCCGGCAGCGGAGCCGGCGAGGGAGCCGGCGAGGGAGCCGGCAGCGGAGCCGGCGAGGGAGCCGGCGAGGGAGCCGGCAGCGGAGCCGGCGAGGGAGCCGGCAGCGGAGCCGGCGAGGGAGCCGGCAGCGGAGCCGGCGAGGGAGCCGGCAGCGGAGCCGGCGAGGGAGCCGGCAGCGGAGCCGGCGAGGGAGCCGGCGGCGGAGCCGGCAGCGGAGCCGGCGAGGGAGCCGGCGAGGGAGCCGGCAGCGGAGCCGGCGAGGGAGCCGGCAGCGGAGCCGGCGAGGGAGCCGGCAGCGGAGCCGGCGAGGGAGCCGGCAGCGGCAGCGGAGCCGGCGAGGGAGCCGGCAGCGGCAGCGGAGCCGGCGAGGGAGCCGGCAGCGGCAGCGGAGCCGGCGAGGGAGCCGGCGAGGGAGCCGGCAGCGGCAGCG